GUAGGUGGCAGUAUCGAUGUAAUAGGACUAAUACGGAAGUGGUGAAACGCGAAUGUCAACAGUUAGAAGAAUAAGAUCGAGAAAAGAUAAAACCAUCACACACCAGGCUUCUGAUCACUGAUAUCCUGUGCACUGGAGAAGCCAUGGAUCUGUUGACAUGAAGUAUUUAUACCAUGGAGAGUGAUUUAUUUAUACUUUUCAGUAGAUAGAAAAAUUUUAGAUCUCUGUGGGAAGAAAAUCAACAUGGAUACCCCCUACAAGCUGUGGCUUUUUAGCCUUUUAUUUUUAACAGUUCACUGCAGGCUGGAGCUGGCUUCCAGUUCAGCACAUUGUUUCAAAUCAGCAAAAAUACUACAAGCAAGAAAAGGAGAAAUUCAUGGUUCCACCCACCAUGGCCCUCCUGGCCCUGUGAACUGCACCUGGGUAAUCACUUCCCCAGUGGGAGAGCGUGUGGUUCUCAGUUUCUCAGAGUUUUUCAUUAGAUGUCACUGGAGCUGGCUAAGCCUGACAACCGCUACAGGCCAGCCCAUAUCACUCUGUGGAUACCAGCUGCCUAAGCCGAUGGAGUUCCAUGAGGGAAACAUUACAGUGACGCACCACUUUGUCCCCCACUUCUACUCGGUUUCAGGGUUCCGCCUGUCGUACAUUAAAGACACUGGUCUCUGUUUGCCUGAUGAGUUUGAGUGUUACACUGAGCGCUGUCUUCCCAUGUCCUGGCGCUGUAAUGGCCAGGUGGAGUGCCUCGGGGAGGGUGACGAGCUCGGCUCGGACGAGGAAGACUGUAACCCUGUGGAACCCCAACCUCACCUGGUCAGUGAGCCCUCACCAUUCCCAACUGAGAUCCUAGCAAGCUCAGCUGUUAACUCUAACAUAGACAUGGGACAUCCGCUGCAUGAGGCACCUGAACGCUCCUCUCCAGCCCAGGGUGGGCCCUGUGGGGGGUAUCUGAGGACCUUUUAUGGCUCGUUUGUGCCUCCUGUGCUGAGUGGGGCAGCAAUAGAGUGUGUGUGGUCAGUGGACCCACAGGACUCACGGCCUCUCAAGCUGGAGCUGCAGCAGCUGGAACUUGGCCUUAAGGACAUCCUUAUCAUCACAGACCAGCCUGCCAGGGGUGGCAAUGUCCUUACAACUGUCACAUAUACAUCCAAUUACAAAACAGUGGAGGUGGAGUCCGGUACUGGUCUGCUGUCGUUAACCUAUCGUGCACCGGAGGCCUCAGUGGGGCGGGGCUUCAACGCCACAUAUCGCAUUGCUGAUUACUGCCUGCCCUGGGAAGGUCUUUGCAAGGGUUCGGAGGGUGGUUGCUACACACCCAAGCAGCGCUGUGAUGGUCACUGGGACUGUGAAGAGACAGGCCUGGAUGAGGAUGGCUGUGGCGGGUGCCCUGCCGGGUACUUCCCCUGUGGGACACCGACACUGCAGAGAGCGGUGCACAUUGUUGGCCGGCCUGCCUGUUAUUCCAGCAAAGAGAGAUGCAACUACCAGCUGAACUGCGCUGAUGGGAGUGACGAGAAAGACUGCAAAGUGUGUCGGCCUGGUACAUUCCACUGCGAUAGUGACAGGUGUGUGUUUGAGAGCUGGCGCUGUGAUGGACAGGUGGAUUGUAAGGAUGGCACUGAUGAACUAAACUGCACCGUGACUCUGCCUCGAAAAGUCAUCACUGCAGCGACGGUCGGCAGCCUGGUGUGUGGUCUGUUGCUGGUCAUUGCAAUGGGUUGCACCUGCAAACUGUACUCACUUCGCACUCGAGAAUACAGCUUAUUUGCUCCAAUCAGUCGCCAAGAGGCAGAGUUUAUCCAGCAACAAGCUCCGCCCUCCUAUGGUCAGCUGAUUGCUCAGGGAAUUAUUCCUCCAGUAGAGGAUUUCCCUACUGAGAACCCCAAUGAGCCCACCUCCCUUUCUCUGAGAGGACUGCUUCAGCUCAUCAGACAGGACAACAUCUCCUCCCCACGGCGAAGACGCAGGCCACGGUUUGUCCGCCGAGCGAUUCGACGCUUGCGCAGGUGGGGCCUAAUUUCCAGACCAACUUCUAGAUCUACCCAGACCACGAGCUCCACCACUCAACAGACAGAAGCUGCUCCUACAGACCAGGAGACUAGACAGUCUAGUCCUCCAGGCCCUGCGGUGCCCAGGGAAAGUGCUGAUCAGCCUUUGCCACAAAAAGUGGGGUUGUCCCAACAAACCGAGCAAGAACAACAAGCAGAAGCACCACCUCCGCCUCUUCCUACAACACUUUCCACAACUCCACCAGCUGAUGUUCCAGAAACAUCUCAGACCCCACCUGUUGCUGUUGCCCCCAGCAGCCCUUCACUGGCUUCUCUUUUCCAUUCCCUGGGGCUAAGCAUCUCUCUUUUCAGACCUUCGUCUUCCCCUACCACACUUCCUCUCUCAUCUUCCCCGUCUUUUUCUUCCUCUUCCUCAGAAGACGAAGUGCUACUGAUCCCUCUUUCUGAUGACACGACCUCUGAGGAUGAUGUGCCCAUGCUGACCUGAAAUAAACUGCAUUUCACUUUGUGUCUUUCUCCCUGUUUUCACCUCUAAAUUAUGGUCUCAGCAUGUAAGCGGCAUCGUGUCUGCAGUUUGUGCUGGCAAGGUGCCUUAUUUCAUGUGAAUAGGUUAAUUUUCCUGACUUACAUGUAUCAAAUAUUGGAUGAAUGUCAGAGACUUUCGUUUCUGUUCUUUUUAGAUGUGCACUUACUCAGAUUGUGUGUGAUGGAAGAAAAUGUUGCACAGAGAAUCUUCCUUAGCCUCAUUUUGUUAAUGAGUGUGUUUACAUGGGUAUCCUGAUGUUAUCUUAUUUCAGCAUAUUCAAGUGGUUGUACAAACAGCAUACUAGAGUAUCAUAAAUUAGAUUAAAGAGGACAGUUGUGCCUGGAUUUUAGCCCAUAAGUCUGUUAUUCAGAGCAUGUAUACCAUUAAGCUGAUAUAUUUGUUUUUCAACAGCUGUGCAUGUUCGGAAACAAAUUGAUUUAAGAAAAUAAUCCUGUAUCUGUUGAUUAAAAAGAGAGACACUUCAAGGAUAUGCACAUUAUGUGAAAUUUGCGGCAUUAUGAGCUUUCAAAUAAAAGCUUGUUCCUGGAAUUAAUACAGCCACUAUUUAUAGCUGUGCUACAAACCCAGUGCUAUUUUUUUUUAAAUGAAAUGACUUAACAUACUAAUCAGCAUUCUAUUUUAAAAUUUUUUUUUUAAUUGUAAUCAUCAGAUUAUUUGGUACAUGUAAACACACUCACUGAAACUGUAUUUGCUGUGUCUUACCUUUGGUAAAAUAUAUGGCACCAUGCUACAAAUACGGUAUCCAGGCUAUCCUCUUAUGAUUUUUCACUAUUAGUUAACAUCUGUGUGUGUGUGUGUCAUACUGCUAUACACAUGGCUGUAUGUAUUCUUUAGAAGUGCCUUUGAUAGAGCUUCCUAUAUAGAUCACUAGACACUAUGUGACUGUAUGUACUUACACAUGAAGGCCAAACACACACAUGCAAAAGUUUACACCUCAGUUUGAUUUUAAAUUUACCCAGGCCAUGUAUAGGUUAUUGCAUGGCAAGAACAUGUAUGUGUGUUUGUGUGAAAGUAGUCGCUCAAUUGAGACAAUCCUUCUUGGUGCCUGAGGCAGUUAUUCGCACCACCAACCGGAAUUACUUCACGUGUUACUUUAAUGCCAAUUUAAAACAUUUCUUCUUCUAAGUUCAGCUUUUGGCUCAGUAAACAGUGAAAGAAACAUGAGUGCCAUAACUAUAAUCAUCUUUUGCACUUGCUCUUAUGAAUCUUUUUUUUCCCCUCUUUUUGCCAUGUUGAUAUUGACUUUAUUACUGAAUGUAUUGAAGCAGCUAGCUGUGUAACAUCUUUCUCGCCAGUGGUGAUUGCAAUAGAAGUUUAUGGUUUGGUUUGGAAUGGAAAAAAAAAGAAAAUGAUUUUCUUAGGAUGUGUUUCAUUGUAUAUAUGCUGGAAGAUCUAGAAAAACCACAAUGAAUAAAUCAUUUGCACUUUUA